AUGGAGCUCCUCCCUUGCAUCGCCACGCUCCUCAUCCUCCUCUCUUGCUCCCUGGCGGCAGCGACGUCGCCUCUGGGGACAAUCGAGCGCGUAACUAAGCAACAAAUCCUGGCAAGCAUCCCGCCGGGCGGGGGCCUGCCCGUGCUCUUCCUCACGUCGCCGUCCGGCAAAUACGCGGCCUACUUCGUGCGCACGCACACCGUGCCGGGCGCCGGCGGCCUCGGCGCCGACUUCUGCUACGUCGAGAUCAUCGACACCACGACGGCCGCCGCCGGCGCAUAUGGCGGCACCGUGGAGGGCGAGGGGGAGGCCGGUGCCGCCGGCGGCGGCGGAACGAGCUUGUGGGAGUCGGAGUGCCGUCCCAUCAGCACCGUCAACACGUGCGCGCUGCUCUUCUCGUGGCAUGGGCUGGAGGUGUUCGACGGCGGCGAGGAGGUGUGGCACGGCGAGACCAACACCGACGGCACCAACUUCCUCGAGACGCUCGAGCUCGUGGACGACGGCGACAUGCGCAUCCGCGACAAGGACGGCGAGCUCGCGUGGCGCGCCAGCGACGAGCCGCGCCACGCGCAGCACUGCGGCGCGCCGGGGUCGCCGGGGCUCGCCGCCGCGCUCCCGCCCUUCGCCGAGCCGCUCGGCGCACACAGCAGCAACCUGCCCUUCGGCCAGGAACCGGACGGCAACGGCCACUCGGCGGAGCUGCCCCAGGCGGCCGAUGUCGGCAGCGGAGCAGCGGCCUUCGGUGGCGCCGCAGGGGUGGCUGGGCCUGGGCUCGGGCUCGGGCAGGGAGAGCACGACGCCGCCGCCGGGUUCGGUGCCCAGCCGUUAGUGGACAACAGUCCCUAUGACAGCGGGGCCUGGAAGGAGGGCCAUGGGGCCCAUAUCACCGCCAUAGGCGUCGCUCUUUGCGUAUCCGCUGUGCUUGGCGCCAUGGGCACGGGUAUCUGA